AUGUCUGACUACGGAGACCACGAUGCUGAGGAAACUUACGACUACGAGCCGGAGCAGGAGUACGAUGACAACGAGCCCGAAGAUUUCCUAAACCCCGAGGAUGUCGAUGUCGCAGAAGGAGGCGCCGAUGAAUAUGGCGAAGGCUCAUACGCGCCUGCUGUCAACGGAAACCACAUUGUCGCUUCAGGCGACCCGAAUGCGGGGUAUGCGGGCAAGGUCAUGGAGCAGACGCGGGAGAAGAAGGUCCCGAACGACCAGCGCCAGACAACUCCAUACAUGACCAAGUACGAGCGCGCGCGUGUCCUGGGUACUCGGGCCCUGCAGAUCAGUAUGAACGCCCCGGUGCUCGUCGAUCUCGAGGGCGAGACGGAUCCUCUACAGAUUGCCAUCAAGGAGUUGAACCAGAAGAAGAUCCCACUGAUUGUGCGGAGAUAUCUUCCCGACGGAUGGUACGAGGACUGGACUUGCGAAGAAUUACUCUAG